UUUGAAUAUUGGCGCGGACGGUACGAUUUUUGUAGUUUUGUUGCGCUUCGCUUUGCUUCGGUUUCGUGUAGCUUGUGUAUUGUGCGUCUAAGUGUUUGUGUGCGUGCGUGUGCGCUGCGUGCGUAUAGCAAUCGCAACGUGUGUGAGUGUGUGUGUUGGCUUGCACUACGCUUGGUGCCGUUAUUUGUUGUUUUUUGGAAAACUUUUCUUAACUUGGCAAACAAAAAAAUUAUCUUUGGCAAUUUACAAAUAAAAUGUAAAUAGCAACAACACGCAAAGCAUCCGGCAACGAAAAUAAAUAAACAAAACACCAGAAUUAUUAACAGCAGCAGCAAGUGCAAUGCCGGCAACAACAUAGCGGCUGAAAUGCAUUAGUAUUCGUGUGUUUUUAUGCGUGUGUGUGUGUGUGCGUCUGCCCAGAAUAUUUACCGUACGCCAAGCAUAAAUAGCAAAAACAAAGCAAAAACAACGACACAACUUAACAGCAGCAACCAAAAAUAAAAGUUAAAAAAAGCCGGCAAUCAGCCAUUAAAAAGUCUGUGUGUGUGAUAAGCCAAACGUAUAUUUUAGCGUUUUGCCAACCUUGUGUAUACAAAAAUGUUAUCAAACGCUUGCAACAUGCCGUCAGCAACAAAAAGAAAGCAACAGCACCUGCCCCGCAGAACAGCAGCAAUUGCUGCUGCAGAAGCAAAAACAACAACAGCAACCCACCUUGUGAUAUUUAUCAGCCUGCUGCUUCUUCUGCUGCCCACCACAGUGCUCGCCGAGGAUGCCGCAUUGUCGUCAUCCUCAUCCUCGUUAUUGGCUGCGUCAUCGCCCCACGUUGCCGCCUUAGCCGCACCUGGUUCCGGCGGCUUGAGCGCCUCCCCAGCGGGUGGUUCGUCCAUUUUGGAAAAAUUCACACCCAACUGCAGCGCCGUCGCGCACCUCUUUCAGGCACGCCACAUCGAUGCAGCGGACAUACCACAAAAACCAAGCAACGAACGUGUGCUCCGCUAUUGUGAAUCCCCCUCGAUGGGCACCUGCUGCACCUACAAUAUGGAGACGCGACUGGCGAUGCAGUCGCGCCAGCAGCUCGAAACGCACACAAAGGAUCAAAUUAACAAAAUGUCUAGCCUGUUGGGCAGCAAGGCAACCAAAUUCAAUGAGAUUUUUCGCACAUUGCUACGCGAAUCAAAGACGGAAUUCCAUACGAUGUUUACGCGCACAUAUGGCGUUAUCUAUCAGCAGCAUUCGUAUGUCUUUUCGGAUCUAUUCAAUGAGCUGGAGAAUUACUUUGCGCGCGGUCGUGUCGAUCUGCUUGAUGUAAUGGACAAGUUCUUUAGCACGCUCUAUCAGAAAAUGUUCACUGUGUUGAACGGACAAUUCGAUUUUGAUGAAAAAUACAUGCGCUGCGUCAUCGAGCAUAUGAAGGAGCUGAAACCAUUUGGCGAUGUGCCCGACAAGUUGUCCGUGCAAAUCAAGCGAUCGUUUGUUGCCACACGCACCUAUGGCCAGGCACUGGCCACCGCAGCCGAAGUAUCCAAGAAGAUUUUGAGUAUACGCCUCAAUGCGGACUGCACGGGUGCUCUGACGAAAUUGCAACACUGCGGCGCCUGCAAGGGCUACACGGAAAAGCCCUGCACGAACUAUUGUGUAAACGUGAUUAAGGGCUGUCUACACUAUCUGCAUGAGUUCGAUGCCGAAUGGGAGAACUUUGCGCUCGCGAUGGAUAAGUUGGCGGAGCGAAUGCUGGGAAGCUUUAACAUUGUCAUGGUUGUUGAGCCGAUUAAUAUUAAAAUUUCGGAGGCCAUUAUGAAUUUCCAGGACUCCGGCCAGGACAUAACGAGUCGCGUAUUCCAAGGUUGUGGACGUCCCCCAUUGCGACGCGCCAAACGCGCUGUUAGUCCCAAAUUGUUGCUGUCCGCGGGAGCCGUUGCUGUGCAGGAACCGCGGGUGGAGAGCGCCUUGGAGGCUGAUAUAUUGGACAUUGAUGCAGCACUCGAUGAAUCGAUUGUGCUGCGGGAAAGACGCAGCGCUGAUCCGGGAUCGCAGGAGCAACAGCCCGAGGGUGGCAAUGGCAAUGGCAACAACAGACGUCAGCAGGGACGCCGCAAGCAGCAACAGCCUCAGCAACAACAGCAGCAACAACAACAGCGACGCAAGCAGCAGAACAACAAUCGGGACAAUGACAAUGAUCGGGAGCCCAUCCUUGAUAAGAUUGUGCGCGACAUAAGGCAACGGGUUAAGGACUACAAAAAGUUUUGGUCCAACUUGCCGCAUUCGCUCUGCAGCAACGAUGAUAUCGCCGCCUCCUCGGAUGCUGAUGGCAUGUGCUGGAAUGGACACACCAUAGACAGAUAUAUGCAUUCGGUGACCACAGAGUUGGGCACCAAUCCAGAGUUUAGUGGCAAUCCGGCGAGCACCCGCCAAACAGCGCAGAUCUCAACGCAACUCUUCCAUCUGAAGAACGCAAUCAAUCAUUUGAGGAAUGCGCACAAUGGCCAGGAUGUGGACUGGAGCGAGCAGGAGGAACCCUAUUUGGGCAGCGGUGGCGGUUCAGGCAGCGGCUCCGAAGAUGACGAGGACGAUGACGAAGGCUCUGGCCUGGGACCGUUUGAGCCCAGUCACAAGCCCGAUACAGAGAAGCCCGUGGGACGCGAUGAUGACGACGAUGAGGAUGAUGACGACGAGGAUGUGCAUCGUGGUGGUGCUGGCGGUGGUGCUGGUGGGCCCGUCACCACCUACACCUCGCGUCCGAAUGUGGACCACGACACGAAUCCGCUGGACCAUGACACGCACAUCACUCACGAUCACAACGAAUUGAAUCGCAGCGAGGACAAUGCGGAUCUCGAUGAGGGCAACGAUGCCGAUGAUGCCACGCGCUCCAGUGCGCCCGAGAAGAUGACGCUCCGGCGCGCCCUCUUCGUCUAUCUGCUGCCACUAUAUAUGGCGUGGUUCGGUGGCGGCGUCUGUGCCGAAUUGCUGUGAUUAUGUUAAAAUGCUCGUCUGCCGCUUGUGUCUUCGUCCGCUCCGUACUCCUCCAAACGAGGCAAGCGAGGCACAAGCAACCAAUGUGCGGCGGCGGGAAGGAGGGAGGAGGCGCAACAUUAUCGUGCAACAAUGGGCCCGCUGCCUGCACCACACCUCUCAGUCAUUCAUCCAUGAAACAAAAUGCUAACAAUUAAUUAACAAAUUUUAUACGAAAUGCAAGUCCAAAAUUUUUGAAAAAACUUUUGCAUACGCAGUUUAAAACAAAAGUUGAAAAAGCAAAGGAAGGAAAUACGUAACGAUCCCCAUUUUAGUUGUAUAACUCAUCCGCUAGAUUUAAGUGCGAAAUUCUUGAAUGUGUGUGUGCAAAUGCCAGUCUCUCUGGCAUUGUGUGUGUGUGUGUGUCUGUAUCUGUGUGUGUCUCUGUAUGUGUAUUUGAGUGUGUGUGUGAGAGAGUGUGUGCAUGCGGGUCUGUUUAAUGUGAUUGUUUAGCAAAAAUUAACUAUAAACAUUUUAGCCCUAGCCCUAAGCACAUAUUUGUAUUAUAUUUAUAUGUAUACAACAACAACAACAACAACAGCAACAACAAUAAGAAAUAUUGCCAGAACAUCUAUAUUCUAACAAUUAACAAAAGCGCAGCAAUAACUAAUUUUAAACGCUAAACUGUAAUAACACACACACAUAUAUAUAGUAUAUAUAUUAUUUGAAGCAUCUUUGUACGAUAAUUUAGGUUCAAAGUUACAAUCCGAGUACUUUUCGUAGCAAGCGCAAAACAAAUAUAAUUAAUUAUAUUUAUGUAAAUGCCUAGUGUGUGUGCUUCUGUGUUCUUCCGACUCAUUAGGCACUCGUAACUCUACAAAUAUUUAAUUUAUUUUUGAUUUUGAUAAAUUGUAUUUUACAAUAUU